AUGCAAUUCACAGAGUUCAAUGCAACAGAGAGUCCCCACGAGCAACAGCAGAGUCUACUUCUCUCGCGCAUCAUCACCAAUGUCGUAUGGCUCCCUCUCCCUACAUUCCAUGACACCACCGCCUAUCAAGGCCGGAAUGAGAAACUCAACGAGGCGAUCAUGGUGUUGAAUGGAAAUCUGCAGGAAGUCAACGUGCAAAACAUGAAUGUCGAGCUCGUGGCGCAGAUGUUUAAGAAUUACCAGUCGAAUGUGCUUUUCCAUCUAGAAGCCACGGAGGAGUUGAAGGAGUCAACCUCUAGUAGAUUACGUACAUCACCACUAAAUAAAGAGUUAACACAUGAAUAA